CGGUACUGGGCCUUGUUGGAUCGCCGCCGCCGCCGCCGCCUCCUCUUCCUCCGCCCGCCCCGAAGCGCAGCCGCCGCCGCCGCCGCCGCCAGCCCCGGAGCCGGCCCAGGGAGAGCGAGGCGAACCAUGCCGGGCGCGCUCCGCGAAGAGACGGCGCAGCUGCUGGGCGACUACGUGCAGCACCGGCUGGGGGGCGCGGCGCCGCUGCCUCCGCCGAGCCGCACGGCCGAGACGCUGCGCCGGGUGGCCGACGAGCUGGAGAGCCGCGAGCGCCUCUUCUUCCGCAACGCCUGCAGCGCCGCCGCUUUGCCCGAGCCCGGCGAAGCGGCGGUGGUUUUGCUGGGCCGGGUGGCCACGCAGAUGGAAGCCGAAGGCGGCCUGAACUGGGGCCGGGUGGUGGCGCUGGUCGUGUUCGCCGGCAACCUGGCGGCGGCGUUGGCCGAGCGGGGCGGCCCGGAUCACAGCGGCGCGCUGGUCGAGGCGCUGGCCGCCUACCUGGCCGAGGAACGGCGGGACUGGCUGGAGGCGCACGGCGGCUGGGAUGGCUUCUACCACUUCUUCAAUAAGCACGGCUCGGAUGCAGCUGACCAGAACAGCACUAUCAGCAAUGCAAUUAUGGCGGCAGCAGGAUUCGGCCUAGCAGGAUUGGCUUUUCUCUUGGUGGUGCGAUAAGAACACACACACACACACACUCACACACACACACACACACACACAUCCGCGGACUUAGACUGCAGGGAGAUGGGAUGGGUGGGCACGCUCCUUUCUUACAACCGCUAACGUCCCAGCGAAACGUCCAUUCUAUAUUUCUACGACCGUCGAAGAUAGAAGCCUAUAUAUAAAUAUAUAUAUUUUUAACUAGAGUUGGGGCAAAAAUUAGUUGAGCACAUCACCUCCCCCCUCCACCAGGCACAACCAGAGGGUCGGUGAAUGCCUCUUUGCGCUCAUCCUAAGAACUUGGGCAUCUUCUGGAUCUUGGCGUCAGGGCCGACCGUCACCAGUUGUUCCGGGAACCGUGAGAGUGCUGAGUGUUAUUGCUACUUGUUCAUGGUGGGCUUGUGAUGGAACCAAGUGGAAGAUGUGUUUGUUUUUCUUCUUUGUGUGCGUGUGUAUGGUGGGGAGGGGAGGGGAAGGGAGGGGAAGGGGUGGGCCAGGCGGGAUCAUUGCCUUGUGAAAUGUGAGCCAGUAUUAAUAAGAAUGAAGAGCUUAUUCUUCUUGGGGUGCAAUGCAAACCAUACCAAGGCCGCUCAAUAACCUAAAACUCGCAAGUUCCAUGUUGCACAGAGCAUUAUAGCUUACGUGUUUUUGUUAUAAUGACAUAACUCUUAAGUUACACUACAAAUCUGUGUCAAGAAUGUUGAUACCAAAACAGUAGAAGCUGCAGAACCAGUUCUUAACUGAAGUUGUUUAACUAUUAAAAAGAAGAAAAA